AUUGAGUUUAUGUGCGUAUGUGACAUAAGAGUGGGAGGAACUUAAUACCUGUGUCACGUUUUUAGACAUUGAGUUCAAGAUACCCACCGCCCUCUGAGUGAAAAUUAUUUUCCUCAAAUCCCCUAUAAAUCUUCUGCUUCUCACCAUGAAAAUAGUUAUUUACCUCCCUGCUAAGGGAUAAGGUCUACUCAUCCUGGCCGUCCUCAUAACUUUGUUUACUUCAGUCAGCUCUCCCUCAGACUCCUCUGUCAGAAGGAAAACAAUGCUGGCCGAUUUAGUACAGUAAUAAGCCAUAUCACAAAAUUGUUUAUGUGAGUAGACCUAGAACUUAAACAUCGCGUUGAUAGGCAUUGGGAGAAGCUGGCGGAGCAGGUUUCUGCUGAGAAUCGAAACUGAACGUGAGAGUUUCGUUUCUACAUGAGAGCGGACUCACAUCUUGAUUGUAUUUGCGAGAGCGACAUAGCAGUUGGUAACUUCAGGCGGACACACACCAGCACCAGAGAUUUGCAUUAGGACAGAAUGGAGCAGCAGCCCAUCUAUAACCCGAUUAUCCCUUUCACUGGGAAUAUCCUUGGUGGACUUCAAGAUGGAAAGAUGAUUAUAGUUCAAGGGCAGGUGCCAGGACAUGCCAAGAGGUUUGGAGUGGAUUUCCAGUGUGGCAGCAUUGUGAAGCCACAUCCUGAUAUUGCGUUUCACUUCAAUGUGCGUUAUGAUGAGGGGACCGUGGUCUGUAACACAUUGGAGUGUGAACGUUGGGGAACAGAACAGAGGAAGCCUCAGAUACCCAUCCCCACUGGCUCUUACUUUGAACUGAUCUUCCAUGUGCGUAGUUACUGUUUUCAGGUAUCUGUGAAUGGCCAGCAUUUCGUUGAGUAUUGUCACAGGCUGUCCUACAAUAGAGUGGAUACGCUCGUGAUUUCAGGAGAUGUCCAUGUGAAUGCUCUCACCUUCAAAAAUCCAAAUGUUCCUCCACCUUAUGCUCCUCCUGCUUACACCCCUAUUCAAGCUUCCAAUGUUCAGUCUGUAUUUGGCUCCAAUCCUGCUUUUCCUUAUCGUGCACCAUGCAAAGAUGUUGGAUUUCCACUAAUGGUUCCAGGCGGCAGGCGAAAUCGCUCCAAGAAACCACCCAGUCAAGUGACCGUCUCUAAUCCAACGGUUCCAUACCAGGCAUACAUAGGAAAUAUCAAGCCACAGCAGAAAAUAAAAAUUAUUGGGACUGUGAAAGCCAAACCAUACAGAUUUACCAUUAAUCUGAAGGUGAGUUAUUAUGAUAACAUUGCCCUCCACAUCAAUCAAAGAUUCGAUGAAAAUGCAGUGGUGAGGAACAGUUGCAUUAACAAGAACUGGGGCACGGAGGAGAGGAGCCUGCCAUUUCUCCCAUUUUUACCUGGUCAAACAUUUGAGAUGCAGAUUGUGAUUGAACCAACCUGUUACAAGAUCUUAGUCAAUGGAAGACAUCUCUUCAACUUCAACCAUCGUAUCCAGCCUCUGAAUCAGAUCGAUCAAUUAGAGGUUACUGGUGAUGUUAGUCUUUCUCUUGUGCAGUACUAAUAUUUUGAAGUAAAUAUUCUGCUGAAUCUCUGUCCUUGGUAGAAUUUUUCCCCAUCCACACUAAACAAAAACAAAUGAUUUUAAAUCCUUCUCUUCUAGAAGAAUAAUUCUUUAAUCUGAAUCAUAGAAUCCUUACAGUGCAGGGGCAGGCCUUUUGGCCCAACAAGUCUACACCAACCCUCAGAACAUCCCAUCCCGAUCCAUCCCCCUAAUCUACACAUCACUCAUCUCCAUUUGGUCUAUCAAGUAAAUAUCUCUGACAGCCGUCCAUAUAGUCCCAUUCUCCUCUGAAAAUGUACAGUUUAUAAAUGUCAUGAAUUUACUGCAGCACCUUGUUGAAAUCCAUGUAACAUACCAAAAUGGUGGCUAGCAGACAGUCCUGAGAACCCAGGUAUUUGUUUAAUGCUCCCUAGUGGACUAUAGGAGCAGGAGGAGGCCAUCCAGCCCUCAAAGACGCUGGUUUCUAGUUUUAGAUUUCCAUGACCUUUUAUGUAAAAUGGUUCUUCUUGACAUUUGCCACCUCAACCCACCCCACCCAAACAUUAUGGCUUGUUUUUAAGGUUCUACCCUCUUGUUCUAGACUUCCUUUGUCCCUCUCACCAGACGUUAGUUUCUCUCCAUCUUAAUAUGGCAAUUGCAUUUAAAUGUUAUUGUAAACUCUAUAAUGACUUUUAUAAAGCACUCUUUGUUUUAUUUCAAUAUUGUGGCCUAUAUUCGGUUAACCUCACUCACUGAAUGGGAAAAGCAUUGUAAAGAUUAAGAUUGAAAUUUUGAGCUGUGCCAUCCUGGAACACAAAUGCAAACAAAUACACACUCAUCUCUAGAUCUCAUAAUUGAUAGAUCAUAGUAUUUCAUUCUAAGACUUAAUUACAUCUUUUGACAGAAUUUCUGUAUAAUGUUCUAAUGAUGGAACUCUUUCAAAUAAAUGCAUA